AAUUAUGGACCACUUUCGCUAAACAUGAUCUUCCCACAUGCGAAUCAGGGGAAAUUGGCACGUGUAAAGCUACUUUUAUAUUUGGGGGUGCUCUGUCCGUUUAUCAUCUUUUAUCAUCGGCUUUGAACUCUGUUUUUCAAAUUUCAAUUUCAUGGCGUCUUCAGCUGGCAACCAACAAGAAUACCCAUCAAACAUGUACGCCGCCACCGCAGCGCCGCCACCAACACCCUCUACGCAACCAAACCAUCACCUUGCUUCUUCCGCCGCCACGGCAGAUGCUCUCUCUCGACUCCUCCUCCGCCUCCCUCCUGCUCUGUCUCUCCCCACUAAUCGCUCUCCGUCCACCCGAUCUCCUCCUGUGAUCUCUCUCUCGGACCCGAAGCUUAAUGAUCUUAUCCUUCCCUCUGCUUCACAGCUCGGGUUCUUCCAGCUCAUCAACCAUGACAUACCGUCGCAACUGGCUGGCUCAGCAGAGUCCGAGUCACUCUCUCUCUUUGACCUCACCCUAGACCAAAAAGAAUCAAACUUUCCCAAAAACUGGCCUCUGGGUUUUGAUGCGGAUGAUGAAUUAGACGCCGGAAAUGGAACCGGCGGUCAGUCCUUUUGCUUGGACAUCUCGUGUCUAACUGAGUCGAAGGAGUUGGCACUGAGUUCUCUGCUCGAGUUCACUCGCGCUUUAGAGAAACUGGGUUUAAGAAUCAUUGAUACGUUGGCAAGUGCGGUCGGGUUCGAGAAUCCGGUAGGGGAGGAUCCGACCGGAGUAUGUUCCUUGAUGUGGAUAUCGGAAGGUCAGGAUAAUAACGACGAACCGGUUAUGAUGGGUGGGUUUUACCCGUACGUAGUUGGGUUGCAAUUCCAAAUCCGGUGCCAGAAGUACACAUUGCUGACGGACUCGGGUUGGGUUUCGGCCUCACCACAAGUGGACUCUAUCAUGGUUACCCUCGGUGACAUUGCUCAAGUAAGUACCUAAAAAGCCUGAAUCGAUGGACUUUUUUUUCUUAAACUCGUGGGUUUUUAAUUUAAUACAAUUUAAAUUAUAAA